GUAUCAGUAAAAAGAUCAUUUUAUCGGGUUGUUCGGUGUCAUUAUGUGACAGAAUUUGUUGUCUUGUGAUGAAGGAUUUCUUAAUUUUAAGCCUUUAACCUUUGCUACCGGAUAUACAAGUGGAUUCUGUCACUCUUAUUUUACCCUCCUCUAUCCCAUAAUCCUCUGCACCAUGACCAAGCUUCUGGAGUGGGUCUUUGGAGUGUCGUUGAUUGGCAUCACAUGGGGACUUGUUACCUUUGACCUCCUUGAUUUACAGCUACCUCCACAGUAUAAAGACGUGGCCUGGCCAAUGCCCAUCUAUCUGCUGGUGGUGUUCGGGUGUUAUUCACUGGCGACUGUGGGUUACCGUGUAGCCACGUUUAAUGACUGUGAAGACGCAGCCAAAGAGCUGCAGGCGCAGAUAAAAGAAGCCAAAGGCGAUUUGAAAAAGAAAGGACUGAAAAUGUGAAGUGUUCGAAUACGUGUGUUUCUUAUAUGAACUUUCAUGGACAUUUAGACAUGUUUUUCUUAUCAUCUUCAUAUACAAAUGGAAAAGAAGUCUGAUGUUACCGUAGGGUCGUGCCCUUUAAUUCUUUUGUAACUCUGUAAUACACCCUUUGAAGCUGCAGUUGUCCAGUUUCAUGUGUAAAAUAAUCCUUAAAGCAGUCCAACUGAGUUCAUGUUAUUCCAACAUGAUGUAAAAGAUGGCUGAAUAAUUGCAAUGUAAAACCCCAAAGCUUUAAAAUCUGCUCCACACCUGUGAAUGAUCUUUUUCCAGCGUUAAGUUAUUUUACAACGUUACAGAGAGAUGUGCGUAUUGUCAACGGAGGACAGUGCUAUUUCUGUACAACCACCAGAAUGUGUGUAUUUGCUUUGGCUGGGGAAUCAUUGUGUAUUUUUGACCCAAUUUCUUUUAGCAGUCAAAUGUCUCCUCCGACUUAGAAACAAAUCCACUACUAAAAAUUGCACUUGAGAAUGUUUGUCUAAAUAUAUUUACAGACAGAAUUUUGACUUGAGGAUUGUUAUUAAAAUAGUUUUAAGUUGCAUAUAUUAUCUGAACAUAGUUUAAAGGAAAAUCUUUAAAGGGAUAGUUCUGCCCCAAAAAUGAAAAUUCUGUCAUUUGCUCACCCUUGUCAUUUCAAACCUAUUGGACUUUAUUAGAUAUUUUAGAGAAAGUUAGUAACCAAACAGUGCUGGCACAUAUUAACUUCUAUCGUAUGGACACAAAACCAAUGCAAGCGACCGGCUUUCUUCAAAAUAUCUUCUCUUGUGUUCUUCGGAAGAAAGUCAUACAGAUUUUAAAUGAUAGAAUUUUUAUUUUUGGGUGAACUAUAACUAAGUUCUGUUUAUAAAGUAGUUCGAUGGACAAUUUUAUUUUGCGUUCCACGCAGAAAGCUUGUCAUUGAUACAAAAUACAGACCAUAACAAUUU